AUGGAGCUGGAGCACGAAAAGCCACAAUCUCUGAGACAAAUCUUGGAUGACGACGAAGAAAGGAGGCUCUUCAAAUACUACAUGACUGUUGACACAACCGUAUUCCCUCACGAACUGCCAAAGUCUGAUCUGGUAUACGACACACAGCGCUCGGAAUACAACAGUUACAAACCACUUAGGAUGUCAUGGUCAUGCAUCGCCUCUGACAGACGUUCAUCACUUAUCAGGGCACUCAACGACGUCAUUGGCUCGUAUCUGAGGGAAAAUCCCCAUGGUCUAAACCCCGGCACAUGCACAUGGACAGAUGUUGCGGACGAGUUGGAAAAGUCCGAGGCCGAGUACAAGAGAAACAACAAGUUUCUGCACCGGCAUGGUGCUGGGAUAGUGCGAAAUCUUGUCCCAGCCCUGGACUGCAUCCCAAGUGAUAAUGGAAUCGCCUCUAUAAAAGGGGGCUUGAUGAUUAUAUUCAACGCCGUUAAGAGGAGAUCCGAGGCCUGUGAGAAAAUCAUGGAAUGCUUUUCGUCUGUCACGCAAUGGCUUGUGAAAGCACAUCGUCUCCAGAGUCUACACAAGCGAGAUGAUGACCUCACGAACAAGGUUCGAGAUUUUUACUGCAAGCUGUUCGAAUGUCUCACCUCGCUCAUCUCCAUACUUUUGCGACGGGACAAGAACAAUGCCAAGUCAUCAGAAUCGCCAUCAAGAUGGUCGGAUAAAAUGUCCAAGGGGAAGUCAUUCGUCGACAGAGCACUCAAGGACAUAUUUGGAGACGCAGUAAGGGAGGUCGAGGACAUUCUGGCGCCAGUCAAAUCUGCACUGCGCUCGCUCAAAGAUUACAGCAGAUUUCUAGACAGCGCGGGCAUCCAAACAGCUAAUCGAAGCAUUUCGGACGCGGGCCGAGAGAUAAAGCAGACAAGAUCUGGGGUCGCGGGUUUGAAUUGCAAGUUCGAUCAGCUCCGAGAGGAAAUGGAGCGCAGACACUGCGAGACCGAGAACCUAGUCAGAGGACGCUUGGAUGAUCGCGAUAGCAUUCUGCAGGAGAUUUGGAACCGGGUCCAUGACAUGUUUGCCGAUGCGCUACGUUCAACUCUUAUUGCUGAUUCACAGCCCCGUUUCUCAAGACGUCAUCGGAUAAUGGACCGCCGGGUCCCUCGACGAAGAGAGUUUUGGAAUCUCGACGUCAAUCAGCUUCUGAACGUCAUCGCAUCUGAUGAAGGACAUGAGGCAGCCGUUUUUGAAAGGGACAACAUGGUCCGGAAGCAGUCUUUAUUUAAGCCAAAAGCCAUGAGUCGCGCCAAUCAGCUGUUUGAGAGACACGAGUUCGGGGACUGGAUGACCUCGACAGAGUCGGGGUUUCUCAUGGUGGAAGGCCACUGCCUCCAAGAGUCUCAGGGUGUGGUCUCUCCAUUGACCAUCUUCACCGCCUCUCUCGCUCACAUAUUUGGACUCGGGGCGGUCAGCUCUGACGAAGAGCUCCCUAAAGAGGCUAUUCCUUUGUUCUUUGCUUGCGGUCAUCACUCUUCGACUAAAGACGAACUUUCGGGCCCUCAGGGGAUCAUCCGAAGCUUGAUAAUCCAGCUCUUGGUCUCCAAUACUCGAUGGAGUGCCGGUGCAGUGGAUGACAGCCGGACCCCUGACCUUGGCUGGCUACAAGAGCGCAGAAGUAUUUGGCCCGACAUCUGCAAGCAGAGAUCAGGCCGUGUCGACGCUUCGCGCAGCAUGGAGAACCACAACAGCAAUCCCACAAGAGACCCGGACCGUCAGGACAAGAACAGGCUGGGGCAAGGUGAGCUACAAGCACUGCUAGAUAUUUUCAAGGAGCUGGUGGACCAAAUCCCCCAAGCCUUAACCCUCUACUGCAUCAUAGAUGGUAUCUCCUAUUACGAGAACCCCUGGCCGGAGGACCUACUCUUGCUGGUAACCACAAUGGCGGAAAUGUGCGACGACCAGCGAAGCGGUCUCAGCGGGCCACGCAUCAAGAUUUUACUGACCAGUCCGAGUCGCUUCCAUUGGCUGCAUAAGUUUGCGGAGCAGGAGAAGGCCCUCGAGGUGAUGCUAGUCAGUCUGGCCUCGGGAUACUAUGGGCGAGGAGGCUCCCACAUGUUUGGUGGAAACAUGGUCAGGCGAAUGGAGUACAUGCGGACCCCUCGGCGCCUACCAUUACGCACAUUCGAAUCCGGUGAUUCUCAAGCCCGUGGCUAUGGGUUGAAGAAAGAGCAGGACCGGUACUAUGGCAAGCACAGUGGGGAUAGUUGUAGCGAGAGAGACGGUCGGCGCAGGGCAAGGUCUCAAGAUAGGGGGGCCCUUUCAGUUGCGGGUACGCGACAGCAGUGUGUAAGCUACAAAGCCAAGUAAUGUAUUAGCGUCUUUGUGGGACGAGAAGUGAGGUUUCCGGGGCUUUUGGCAGCCAUUAGUGUGUGGACUUACGAAUCCGUAUAGCCCGUGAAAAUUGUUCGACGGCUGCACGUUUGGCGGAUCCCGCUACACUAAAAGGAUUCACAACACUUGCAGCCCUUGACUGAAUAACA